AUGAUAAUUACGUUCGUUCCUUCAGUGGGCGACCUUCUCGAUUUCUAUAAUUGCGUAAAAUCGAGUAAUCGCACCGAGGAGCGAUCUGACGCCGAUCAAUGGUUCCGUGAAGUGGGUAAAGACGAGGAACACCUUCGAGGCUCGAAACAAAGGGUAGAAGGACCAUUUAAACUUCUCCGAUUUCAAUAUAGUCGGAGCGGGAUAGAAAAAGUUUAUUUGAAAGGAGACCGCUCAAAUCUGGCCCUCCCGCUCCACCUUGUCAACGUUCUUCCACAUACCCAGGUUGGGCCGACGUAUAGGCAAACAUCAGUGAACGGCCGUCUCGACCCUUGCGCUAUUGCAAUAAGGCAGAAAGUCGUGCGCAGCGAGGGAAUCGGGACUCCGAGCAUUAUUAAACCUUCCUCCCUCGGAACAAGAAGAAUAGAGAAACCUCCGAUCGGUCGGCAGUUAGGUUACUGCGGGACUUCUAUAAUUAUCGACACCCUUGAGAGCAUUGAAAUUUUCAAUUUAGGGCUAUGGUACGCUAGCAAGAUUAAGAAAGGAAAUAAAACUACUCGUUUACUAAUUAGAGGAACCUGCAUCGGCAUGCAGCCAAGAGCGAUAGCACGCGAGGCGGCUAAUGGCCACUUACGCCUCGGGUAUCUCACCUCCACCGCGCCCUAUUUAUUACGCCGUCGCAAUAGUGCGUUCUCUCACUUUGAAAGUCGCAUUACUAAAGCUGAACCGCUUAGCAUCGUUCCGACUGCAUAUCGGGGCAUAAUAAUAUUUAGGAACGUUCUAUUUCAAUUGUGA